AACUCUCACACACUUCCAGUUUUAUAUACACAUUUCACCCGAGCACACAUAGGUUGAAAAUUUCUAAAUUUUUUCUAAUUUUUACAUCAGUAUGGAGUUUAAUACUGGCUCCUCAAAAUCUGCAAAGGAACCGCCGCGAUUAGGAAUAACCAUCGAGGAUCCCGUGUCCAGCUGCGAUGAGUUUCCCAGGCCCUUGGGUCCGAUGUUGAAAUUCAUAGCCAAGAAGGCUCCGAAGCAUCAGCCGACUAGGAGGAAAACUAUUGUUAAAACAAACCAAGCCAAAAAAUCCGAAAAGAGAACCAAAUUGCACUUAUCCAAGGCACCGACUCAAGGCAGAAAGCGUCCUACCGCAAAAGUCGCGAAAAAGAGAGCUCUGACCAACAGGAAACCCAGAAAACCAAAGGCCACCGGCAUUUUUGGUGUGAAUAGAACUGGUGGGGAGGUACAGACUGGAGAAUCCAACGAUAGACCCUGGUGGAAGUUCCUAUUUGGCAAGAAGCAGGAUGACGAGAAGAUCUUCCGAGAAGUCCAGAAAGAUAACAUGUCCUGCGAUAUGAUGAUGUCCGACAGGUCAACCCAAACCAAUGCGAGUAUAAGGAACACUUAUAACGUGCACUAUAAAUAUAAUUAAACUAUUUUACCGUGGUUA